ACAAAUCCAAUCCAAUCCAAAUCCUCACACACUUCCAUUUCCAACCUCUUGUUACAAAUAAAAAUAUUAUUAAUAAUAUUCAAAAAAGAAAAGAAAAUAACCUCAUAACCUAACCCUAACUUUCAGCAUUUCGGGCUUCAUUAAUUUGCCUGUUAAACACUCACUUGCAUCUUUAAACGGUAAUGUUUGCUUGUUAAGUGAAGUUUAUGGCGUCACAUUUUUGGUGCAGGAGCUUAAUUGAGUUGAUUUGAUAGGUAGCUGGGAAAUGUGUUGAUUGGAAAUUUUUUAGCAAUGGCAGAAUAUACAGCUUCAACAUCAUGUGUUAAGCUGCAUAUGUGGAGAAGCUGUGUCAAGGAGAAAGGCAUUUCUUUGAUCCAAAAUUCACAGACACCAAAGAGAACUAUUAAUUCUUUGGCAAGAAUGAGGUUGGUACAGCAACUCGGUUGAAAUGUAUGCAUUAAUGAUUUGAUAGCAGGAAGUAUUCCCAAGGAAGCUGCAAAGUUUUCCACUUCCCUCCUCGAAAAACAUGCAGCACUGGACUUUCAUAUAUGAAAGCAAGUCCCUAUACCAGAGAAUCUUACUUAAGGUAUAGAUGCUUGGGAUCUUUGGUGGACCCUGAUGGUGUGACGGCGUCUGAUCUGGUUGCUAUUAGUGACCAGUUACUUCUGGUGGCCAGCAUAGCGCUUACAUACAUGGCAGGAGUCAUUCCUAAUAAGAGUUCUAAUUACACUUCAUUGGGGAAUUUCUUGGAUGACGAUAUGGUCCGUGAAAGUGUAACAAUGUCUUCUGGUAUUUUUCUCGUUUCCAGUGUUAAGAAUAAUGAUAAUCCUGUCAAUUCAAAGUAUGCUUGGGAUGCAGUAAAGGAAAAACUUUUGGAUUCUCUUGAUACUCUAGAACACAAGAACAAUCUGAGAAGCAGAUUCCUCGAAGUUGAGCAACAUCAGGCUAAGCGGCCACUAAGUUUGUAUGCUGUAUCUGAGGGUCCCAAGUUGCGAUUACUUUGGGCUUCUUUUAAGCAUCUUGAGGAUGAGGCAGGCACUGUCACUGUUUUCUUUCUUUUUCUUUUUCAUUUACUGGUGAAUAAUGUUCUAGGUGAUUAUGAGGCUCUUACUUUGGAUGAUUGGUUAAAUAAGUUUCCUGAUAUUAUUCGGAAGUCCUGUAACCAUGUAUCCAUUUCUUGGCUAUUAGAGGAACUUCGCCUUGAAAACAAGAAACAGGAUGAGGCAAUUGUCUCUUUGAUGAUUCAGAAGUUAAAGGGAGAUGAAACUAUUUUGCAGAACAUAAGAAAGUCAGGCAAGGAAGAUCUUUAUGCUGAAUUAUUAUACUUUCUCAGAUUUGGUUCUCUCAGGAAGAAUUGUUGUUAUGAUCAGAGCUUGUUUUCUGCGCAUGGAGAUUCCAUAUUGGAAGAUUUGGUGAUUGCUUUAGCAGACGGCGUGGCCAGUGUUUAUUUGGAGCUUAUUUCUGUUGAUGGGAACUUGUCAAAUGAAAUGAGUGACCUGGGCAUGAUUAUGUGUAAUUUGUCAACUCGAGCACUUCAGAGAUUGCGCAAUGAGGUGUCUUUGAAUCAAUGGUUGUAUCAAAACUUGGAGGCAGUGGUAUCAAUGUAUGAGGAUCGAUUUGAUCUAUGCACUCUACAGUCCAAAGUCGCUAAGGAACCAAGUCAGAGUCAGACUGAAAAUUCUGGUUGGUGGCAGAAGCUUACUCGAAGACAAUCUGGAACACUACCGUCAUUAUCAUAUGUUGUCAUAAGCCAGUUCUCUAUGCCAGUAAAGCGGACCAGGGAAUUAAGGGCUUUGACAGGGUGGCGAUACUACUUCAGUCUAUACCUUGAAUUAUUUGAUAUUACCAUGCCGCUGAUUAGAGCUGUCAUUGAAAAAGUUAGCAGUGCGAUCUCAUUCUUUCUAGUUACCUUGAUUGGGAGGUCAUUAGGACUUAUCUAUACCGGAAUCAGGCAGUCCUUGAGAUGGAAGUGAGAUGUCAAGGGUACAUUUCUGUUUCAGUACAGUUUUGUUUCUCCAUUUUUUUCUUUUUUGCUUUGACAUAACAGCAGCUACAAGAGGAAAUAUGACCUCUAAACAGACAGAUUGAAACAUUCAAUUUCGCCUGAGCUGCCUGAGGCUUCUGCUGAAUUUUAUUAAUCAAACUCAGUAGCUUCAUCAGUGUCUUGUUGAAACUUGGUUUGAUCUGAACUUAACGCAUGCCAUUGCCAAAUGAAUCAUAUUCACACGCCAGUUAUCCUGAAUAUCGAAGUAUGCAUGGAACCAUAGAAUUAUGCAGCUGCUCUUGAAAUAGCAGCAUAGAUGUUCAAUUAGUACUCAUGGCCAUUUGAUGGUGGGAUUGUUUCUUCCUUCCACCUCUUGUUUAGAUGCUCUCUGGAUUGAGGUGGGAUGGAGCUCAUUCCUUGCUCGGGAAGAGAGGGAGACAGACAGGCCUUUGUAUUUAUAUUUGCACUGCAUCAUUGAAAAUGUUUAUGUGCAUUGCAUCAGGUCUUGGAUUCUGGUUUCCAGAGGGAAGAAGGGCAUGUUAGAUGGCUAAUGAUUCUUAGGCAUUUAAAGCUCAUUAUCGCGGUACAAGGUCAAAAGGUCAAAUCUUAUUAUCUGCUCGACUUUUGUGGCUUCUAAUUCUCUUUACCUAGCAUUAAGGGGAGACCAUUGAAAGAGCGCAAGGCUCGAAGAACAGCCCUGUAACAUGCUUUCCAAUUAAGGAAAAAUGUGGGUCUUAAAUUUUGACAGCCAUUAUUUGUAUAGAAGUUUUAAGAACUUGCAAACACCAAAACGCUAUCGCAUAACAUGCCUUCUUUUUCUGGUUUA